AUGACGAUGACCCCCGAGCUCGAAGCCUUUGCGCGAGCCAUAUCGCGCGUUCUGGGCUGGGCCUACUUCCUGUCGUGGUCCCUAUCCUUCUACCCCCAACCCAUAUCGAACUACCUGCGCAAAUCCACGCUCGGCCUCGCCAUCGACUUCCCCACCCUCAACGUCCUAGGCUUCACCUGCUACACCAUCUCCACGGCCUGCUUCCUCUACUCGCCGACGAUAAAAGCGCAAUAUGCGGCACGUCAUCCUGACGCGCCCGAGACGACGGUGCGGUUCAACGAUUUCUUGUUCGCGGCACAUGGCGCGGUCAUGUGCGUGAUUAUAUACAGUCAGUUCUUUGAGAAGAUUUGGGGCUUUGAGAUUGGCAAGAGGCAAAAGGUUAGCCGGAUUAUACUGGGGGUUUGGUGGGGGUGUGUGCUUGCUAUUGGGGUUGUGGUGGUGUUGGUCAAGAUGAACGGGGCUGGGCGGGGAUACGAUGCUGAAGGGUGGGCGUGGAUCGAUGUUAUCUACACGCUCGGCUACGUCAAACUCCUCACCGUCUUCCUCAAGUAUAUACCCCAGGCCUGGGUCAAUUACAAGCGCAAGUCGACGUUAGGGUGGAGUAUAUACCCCAUGCUCUUGGACUUCGCGGGUGGCUGGCUUUCGCUCGCACAGUUGUGCAUUGAUUCUGCGCUGGAGAAUGAUUGGAGUGGUGUUACUGGUAAUCCAGUCAAGUUUGGAUUGGGAAACAUCACUAUUGUGUUUGACAUCAUCUUCAUGCUGCAGCAUUAUGUGCUGUAUCGGCAUCCAGGGAAGCAUAUCGACGAUGAGGAUGAAGAAGAGCGGGAAGGGCUUGUACAGGGUCGGAGAGACUAG